GUGGGCAUCAGUGAAAUAACGCGAAGAAGACUCGAACGCGCCACGACAUCUUCUCUCUCCCUCUCUCUUACCCUGCAAGAAAAGGCCCUGGUGAAAAGGAAGCAAAGGGGACUGAAAGAGAGAGAUGCCGACGAAGAGGAAGUCAUCAAAAAUAAGCACUCCAGAAUCUGGGCAGUGCAAGAACGAAGAGAAAGGGAAGGAGAAGAUGGUGGAGGACGAAGGUGGAGGGGCAAUAGGAGGAGAGGAGAACGAACCCGAGGAAGAGGGUUGUGCUGACGCCGAGGAGGAAGAGGAGGAGGAGGAGCAGCAGGUGCAAGAGCAGGAAGGCGAGAUUCAGCUGCAGCUACCCAAACUCGACGAGGGUUUCUACGAGAUCGAAGACGUCAGGAAGAAGCGGACGAGGAAGGGUCAGGUUCAGUAUCUCAUAAAAUGGCGGGGAUGGCCGGAGACAGCGAAUACGUGGGAGCCGGAGGAGAACCUCCAGAGUUGCCGAGAUAUCCUCGAAGCUUAUGAAGAGAGAUCUUCUAAAUCGGUCCGGAAGCGCAGAAGGAAAACUCACUAUUCAAUCAAGAAGAAAAGAACUGCGCCUUUCAUUUUUCAAUCCCAUGCCGGCAGGAAGAAGGCAAAAGAUGAAAGAUCAGUUGAAGAGCCAGAGGAGGAGGAGGAAGAUGAGGAGGAGGAGGAGGAGGCACGCUCGGAUGUUACGGCGAAAGAGGAGGAAUGUGAGGAUCCGGUGUCUACUUCGAGGAGAACUGAUUCCGUCGAUCCUCUUCGUGGGGUCGAUGCUGACGGCUGUACUGUUAAGAAGGACGGCGAGAAGCCAGAGACCGGUGGGGAGCAAGUUGCUGGCGGCAGUAGAAACGAUAAGCAAGAAGGCAAUAUUGAUGGAAUUUCAAUCCAGUUCCAAAGCACUGAAAGCUCUCCCCAUCUAAUUAACAGGGACGAUGGUUGUGUUAAUGGGACCAGUUCGCAUGUUGCGCAAAACAGUCGGUUCACUGGUGCUAAAAGGAGAAAAUCGGGCAAUGUUAGGAGGUUCAAACAAGAUAGCUCUAAUGCUGAAAGGAAAGAAGCCGCGUCUGGCCAUGGGGCUGAACUUUGCGUUGAUAGAUAUAGCGUUCCACCUGCUGAAAUCAUGGAAGAUGAGCAAACCAAUAGUGUUAAGGACAGAGAUCGUACUAGUUCGAUCGUAAAAAUUAUAAAGGCCGUAAGUUACACCACUUCCACGAUCCAUAACGUUCAGGAAGUUGCUGUAUCGUUUAGGGCAUUGAGAUCUGAUGGAAAAGAAGUAUUAGUGGAUAAUGAAUUUCUUAAGGCUCACAAUCCCUUGCUGUUGAUUAGCUUCUAUGAGCAGCAUCUUCGUUAUAGUCCUGUACAAAUGCUAAAUGUAUGAACAAAAUGUUGCUAAGUUGCGCCACCCCUGUUGAAGAACGGUUCCUUAGAUUCUUUAGUUCUGGCUUUGUGAACCCGAGUGUGACCACAUUGUUGAGUUUAUCAGGAGCUUGCCUCUGAAAGGGAUGCAGAUCUUCAGACUGGUCCCGAAGUUGCACCUUCUUGGUGUAACCCUAAGGGUAAAGAGGAUUAACGAGACAUCGUUGGCUGCAAAGUUUGAGAUAGACGUUCCAUUUUGAUGCAAGCCUCCAGAAUUCAGAAAACAGGAUGGGUUGGGCUUCUGGUAUCUAGAGCUCUGAAUUGAAAUGGCUGCUCAAAGGCUACGUUGGUGACUCCUUAUGUACAUUGAAGGUGAUGGUUAGGUUUUAGGUUGCAGAUGCAGGGAGCCAUGGCUGAAGAAUCUAAGUGACUUCCCUUCCGAGCUUGUUACGUAAAAAUUCAAUGAUGAUGAUGACAUUCGUGGUAUUGUAGAACCUUGAGAUUUCUUGACUAUAAUAAUUUUUUGAGCUUUUAUUGAUAUGGAAUAAUGGAGGUUAAGUAUUCUAUUUAAGCUA